AUGUUCUCUACAUCCCUCUCCAAAACACGAUAUUCCGCAGUAUGAAGGAGUUAUUUCAUCAGGUAUGGUGUAGAAAAAAAAAUUGAUGACGAGUGAAAUAAUACGAAGUAAUCGAAUAUUGUACUCCAAUGUGUUUGGUUAUAAUAUGAUAUCAAUUAAUUUGGAUUAAAACAAAAUUAAAAUUACGAUUAAAGUUUAAAUUAUACUAUCACAUUGUACUAAAAGUAACAGUUAAUAUAUUUACAAGGUCGUGUAAAUAAAAAUCUAUGGCAUAUUAUGAUUUCGCCAAAGAGUGUGAUCAUUACAUUACCUCAGGGGCUCCAAAAAUCACCAAUGAUUAGCCCAGUACGUAGUCUUAUUAAACCAACUGGAAAUUUAAAUUUUACUACAUCUAUCUUAGCCACAAAAGCAAAAGUUGACUCUAAAAAAAUGCAAAAAAUUCAACAAGAUUAUUAUGGAGAUGUACAUGGUGAACCUAUCAAAUCAGAUGUAUGGAUGAGAGGUAAAAAACGAAGACUUGACCAUCUUACGUGGGAAGAAAAACUUCAAAGAAAGAAAUUAAAAAAUAGAGUUGCUGCACAAACAUCUCGAGAUCGUAAAAAAGCAAAGCUUGAUGAAUUAGAAGAAACAGUUAGAACUUUAAUGGAAAAAAAUGAAUUUAUCACAGAAGAAUGUACAAGCCUAAGAGCUCAAAAUAAAGCAUUAAUUGCGGAAAAUCAAAGAUUGAAAGAAGGAAAUAAAAACAUCAAUAAAACAGACGACCGUUAUUGCUCAAUGUGUUUAGGUCGUUGGUUGUGUUGCACCCGCGCUGGGAUCAGCCGUAUCCCCCAUUAACCCUCUGCCGCAGGGUGGGGCAACUCAACUGGCACCGUCCCUAACACCAUCAGCAAGUGCGGAGAUACUGUUGAAGAUAUUGACGCUUUACCUCCUCUGGAGGAACUCUUUGCAGACAUCCAAAGUGAUGAUUACAUCGAGCGACUCGAAGAGCUUGCAGAAAGUCUUUUGCGAGAAGUUACCGCUGAAGUGGAAGCUCAUUCUCAAAGACCAAAUCAACAGGUCACCAUCAAGAAAGAUACCUUUGAAGAAUCUGAUGAUACAAAAAAAAUGGUGGGGCAGACAUCAAAAAAUGUGGAAGCCAGUCCAAUCUGUUCUAGCUUAAAUCUUUAUCCAAAAGAGUCAAGCUCCGCUCAAUACUUAAAAAAAUCAUCAACACCAUCAGAAUUAUUCAAACGUGAAGUUAAAGUUAAACAAGAACCAGUUGUUAACGAUAUGGACACAGUUUAUGGAACGUACGAUGAGGCUACAAACUGUAUUACUAUUAUUUAUCCAGGAGAGGAUGAUAGUAUUAGGAUAGAUGAAUGUGUCCAGGAAAUUAGCAGUGAUGAAUCAACUAAUUUGACACCGACCUAUUCGUAUAACGAUCAUGUUUCACCUGCUUAUUCAAUGGCAGAUUCUAUGUCACCAUCUAGCAUUCAUUCUGAUGACUCUGAGAUCAAAUCAGCAUAUUAUAAAUUUAAAUCUAAUAUCUCAAAUAGUGGAUAUGAGUCUCACGAUUCACCACAAAUUGAGAGAAAUACUGGCACUACAGCACUUACAGAUUUAUGGCACGAAAGUUUUUCGGAAUUAUUUCCAAGUCUUGUUUAAUAUUAAUAAUUUUAAAUUGACAAAUAAAAAUAAUGUAUAAAUUCUUUA